UCGGGCACCAGCUGAAUCGCCGGUCUGUUUGUUGUUGCUGUGUGAAAGCGCCUAGGAUUAUUUAUGAAUAAGGAUUUAAAUUAAGACAGUCUGGGUGAAAACGCCGCAUUACGGUAUGGUGAUCUGGACCGCCUGAUUUCGCGAUUUUCUUGAGGGAGAAGUUCCCACAUGUUCACAUGUUUCUCACUGCUCUACUUUCCAGUCAAAGAUGAAGGCCUGCUCAAGGGGGCGGUGUGUGUCUGUAGUGACUCUUUACCUGGUUCUGUUGAGCGCGCUGGUGAAGUCUGCUUCCGAGUUUGACCCUUAUAAAGUUCUUGGAGUGUCCAAGAGCAGCAGUCUAGCAGACAUCAAGAAAGUAUACAAGCAGCUUGCUAAAGAAUGGCAUCCGGACAAGAACAAAAAUCCAGAGGCUGAGGAUAUGUUUAUCAAGAUUACCAAAUCUUACGAGGUCUUAUCCAACGAGGAGAAAAGGGCAAACUAUGACCGUUAUGGGCAGGUGGAUGAGAACCAGCAGUACGGCCAGCCGCAGCAGGGCUACCGUCAUUUCCACAACGGUUUCUACUUUGAUGAGUCCUUCUUCCACUUCCCCUUCAACAACAAGGGGAACCGCGAUCCUGCGGACAGCAAAUACACGCUGCAUUACAACCAGUAUGUCAGCGAAGUGGUGCCAGACAGUUUCAGACGGCCAUAUUUGAUAAAGAUCACGUCUGACUGGUGUUUCAGCUGCAUCCACAUCGAGCCCGUUUGGAAGGAGACAGUGCAGGAGCUGGAGGCCUUGGGGGUGGGCAUUGGUGUGGUGGACGUUGGCUACGAGCGGCGGUUGGCCAAUCACCUUGGAGCUCACCGCACGCCCUCCAUUUUGGGGGUGAUCAAUGGCAAAGCCACUUUCUUCCACUACGCUGUGGUCAGGGAGCACCUGAAGCAGUUUGUUGAGGAUUUACUUCCACAGAGACUCGUAGAGAAGGUCACCGACAGGAAUGACAAGGAGUUCUUGAACAGCUGGCAUGAGCAGAACAAGCCCCACGUGCUGCUGUUUGAUCAAGUGCCCGUGGUCCCUCUCCUGUUCAAGCUGACCGCAUUCGCCUUCAAGGACUACUUGGAGUUUGGGUAUGUGGACCAGGGUCUGUCGGAGACGGCCAACCUUCUGAGGCAGUUCAACAUCAACACCUACGCCCCGACUAUGCUGGUCUUCAAGGAGAACACAGACAAGCCAGCUGACAUCAUACAGGCUAAAGGGAUGAAGAAGCAAAUCAUCGAUGAGUUCAUUUCCAAUAACAAGUUCCUCCUUGCGCCUCGAUUGGUGAACCAGAAACUGUUCGACGAGCUCUGUCCUGUGAAGCAGUUCCACCGAAGGAGGAAGUACUGCGUGUUGCUAAUCACUGGAGAAGAGGAGUCCUUCACUGCAGGGAACAAGGCCUUCCUCUCCUUGGCCUCCUCUAACACCAAGGAGGUCCUGAGGUUCACCUACGUCUACCAGAGGCAGCAGCAGUCCCUGUGUGAGACCCUGCUGAAGAGCAGAGACAUCGCCCCGCCUCAGGUGGUAAUCCUGGAGAGGCGGAACGCGGCAGGGAAGGCGCUGUACAAGCCUGUGACGGGAGGCUGGAAUGGCAGCGAGGAGGACAAGCGGAAGCUUCUGGAAGAGCUGGAGCUGCUGCAGAAAGACCCCUCAAUCCUCAACUACGAUGCCACGCUGCCAGAGCUGAACAACGAGCUGGCCUCUAUGUUUCUCAUUCAGUGGAUCUACACAGCCUAUGAUUACCUGAUUCAAAUCAGAGACGAUCUGCUGCACAAUAACUGGCGCGAGAUGAUGCCCCUGUUGUCUCUGAUAUUCUCGGCGUUGUUCAUCUUAUUUGGCACGGUCAUCAUCCAGGCCUUCAGUGACUCCGGUGAAGACAAGCAGUCGAAACCGAAGGCGAAAGACGCAGCCAAGUCUGAGAAUGGGUCGCCUAGCACUGCAGGCACAUCAAGUCGCCCUCCAAAGAAGAACUUUGUGGAGGUGACGGAGCUGACGGACAUCACAUACACCAGCAACCUGGUGAAGCUGAGGCCGGGACACAUCAACGUGGUGCUCGUCCUCACCGACGCCUCCAAGAACGUCCUGCUCAGCAAGUUUGCCAAGGAGGUGUACUCUUUCACCGGGAGCCUGACCCUGCACUUCUCCUUCUUGAACGUGGACAAGCACAGCGAGUGGAUGGACGCACUGCUGGAGGUGGCCCCGGAGGCCCUCGCGGCGGACGGGGACGAGGACGAGGCCAGCCACAGGGCGGACUACACGGGCUACGUGCUGGCCCUCAACGGCCACAAGAAGUACCUCUGCCUCUUCAGGCCCGUCUACACCGGCGAGGACCUGGACGCCAAGUCCUCCGAAGAGGAAGGGGGCGCCGGAGGGGGCCGCUCCAGGUCAGGCUCCCGGGAGGAGCAGCACCACCGCAAGGCCGUGCCCCGCUCCCGCUCCACCUCUACCCUCCAGAUCCACCACAAACUGGACCGGCUGGGCCUGUGGAUGGAGAGGCUGAUGGAGGGGACCCUGCCCCGCUACUACAUCCCUGCUUGGCCCAGCCUGGAGAAGAUCACCACCAACAAAUAGACCAUACCGCCCCUGCGUCAGGGGGUUGAAUUCCAGUCCGUACCUCACUCUACCCCCAGCGUGCAGGCAAGAGUUCCCCUUUGGGAGCUUUGGGGCAUCCUGUCGAGAAGGCCAGAGGCUCCUGGACUCUAUAGGUUUUUAGGAGGAGGGUGUCUUGGCACACUGCACCCCUGAGAGAUCUUGGGAUCUUGGGCUGUGAAAAUAGCCGGUCCCCUUGCCCGCUGGUGAUGUCAUGGGUGCCAAUAGUGCUUCAUCGCUUUAUAGACCCCUCCCAAACUCCAUCUGGAGCAAAUGUCCUUGAUCCCCUCUAAAUGGUCUCCUCAUAGCCAGUCUUUCUGUUGAUGGUCAGUCAUAACUGCUGCUGCAUAGAUGUUUAGAAUAACAACUUGAAUCACUGUGAGUGUGAGUAGUAGUCAGAAGCCCUUAUCAAUUUAUACGGCCUGCAAUUUAUUAACCCAUCUCAUUUUUUCAGCACUAAGUCGCAUGUCUGAGCUCUAGUCAGAUUUACAGAACCAUCGCCUGCCUUCGACUCUCGAGUCAAAUCCGCUUCUCCAUUUGUGUCUCUUGCUUGUGCAAGUUAGCUAGCCUCCUCCAUGUUUCUCGCCGUAUCGUAAUGUUACUUGGUGCUUUUUACUAAUCAGUGUGACAUAAUGUGCUCAGUACUCGGUCACUCUCCGUACCUGUUUCCGUACUGUCAAUGCAUGUGAAAGAUCUUUGCAUUGUGUCGGUGCUGCAGCAUGUGAAUAUAUUCCCUACAAACUGCGUAUUCUGUUCAAACUAUAAAACCAGUUUAUGGGACUCAAAACUCCUCACCAGUAGCAUUAUGUAGCAGUGACACCUCUUAAGCCUACGCUAUAUAAAUGGUAAUCUUUAUUAUUGCCAGAUUUUUCUGUAAAUAUGUCUCUUGUGGUUACUGAUAUUAAGGCAUUUAGACUUUAUAAUCGCUAUGUGAAUUGUUAACACGAGUGUUUGAUUUGUAAAUAAUCAAAAUUAACCGGCACAAUUUUUGUAUGUCGAUGAGUCUUGGAAAUCUGCCAAGAGAUGAUGCCAUUCUCUUGGCUGUGAGUUCUAGAUUUAUGGAGGCUGAACUUGCAUUGUGUGCACUGGUGCAAUCAAGAAAGCACUAGUUCAUUAGUCUUCCUCUGUGCAUUGCCAUUUGACUUGAAAUGGCAUUAGUCUGGCACCUGGCCCUUCCUCUGUGACAGUCGUCCAUUAAGAGCUUCCCUUCACUUUUCAGUCGAAUGGACUGAGCGUGCCCAGGAGAGCACCGCUGUUCUAAGACCAGGGCACAGGGUUUGGACAACCUGCUUUGUAUGAAAGCAAAUGUGUGCAGUCCCAAAUUCAGCUUAACAGGUUUACAUCCUGACCAGUGGCAUUCUAAGCCAUUGCUUGUGACCCGAGCAGGAAAAUACUGGAACGUCCUUAUUGCAACUUAUUUUGAGUAAGACUGACGUUAAGAUGCUAAUUUUGUCUUGUGUAGAGGGAAAAUACAGGCUAUUGUUUUCUAACAAAUAUAUGUGAAUAUUGUACAUAUAUAUAAAUUGUGAUGUGGUUUAUAAAUAUUUAUUUUUCUUUGCAUUAACUGUCUGUAACUGUAAUAAGGUGGAUUUUCAAAACUAUUUAUUAUCGAACCGUAAUAAUACCAAAGUUCAUUCAAUUAUGUCUACCCAUAGAAUAAGAUAAAAUAACAAUUGUAACAACCUAUAUAAGUUAGUUUGAUUCUUGUUUUCAAAAAAUUGUGAACAAAAGCCUUCUGAUGACAGUCAUGUUGACUUGGCCAAUGUUAAUUCUUUCCUAACAUAAACUGAAUUGGAUUGAUUGGUAAGUCGCUCUGGAUAAAAGCGUCUGCUACAUGCCUGUAAUGUGUAAUAUGAAUACAGCCAAGAUAUUGUAACAUCAGAUCUCUGCCAGUUUAUACCCAGGUCAUUCAGGAUGUUUCCCCGUGUUCUAGAAUUUGCUGUCAACUCAGCUCCAGCUGAUUUGUAUUCAUGCAUUAAAUAUUUCAGUUCAUAUGAAAAA